CACGUGCACUUCUGCGGAUUUGAAGGUUACUGCAGCCGUAUCGCCUCCCCAGUUUGCGUGUUUAACUAACCGUGCGUGUUGAGCAAAAAGGACUUGAAGACACUUGAUCAUGGAUCCCAUGAAGGCACAGCAGCUCGCGGCAGAACUGGAGGUGGAGAUGAUGGCUGACAUGUACAACCGGAUGACAAACGCCUGCCACAGGAAAUGUGUGCCGCCGCAUUACAAGGAAGCAGAUCUGAGCAAGGGCGAGAUGGUUUGCUUGGACCGUUGCGUGGCCAAGUACCUGGACCUCCAUGAGAGGCUGGGCCGCAAACUGACCGAGCUCUCUGUGCAAGAUGAGGAGAUGAUGAGGAAAGCGGCUGUAGGGAGCGGAUAACCCUGGUGACCAGGGUCCAUUUGUCUUUCACCAAGACUGGAGUUUCUUUUAUGAGCGAGGUGGCGGUGGAUGCUGAAGCAGGUGCCUCCACUUAACCAACAAGCCUCCCACCAAUUAGGAUCAUUGACUGAGUACAUCAACUGCUGGAAGUACACGACGAAGCUGAACUGGCACUGAGACUUUACUACCUGAAGGUUUUGGAACCAAUGUUGCAGUUUACUGCCCUUCAGAGGUUGCUCUGGUGACUGUUGGCCUCCCUUCGCAAGCCUCCUCUGCUGGUCAACUUUGAGUUGUAGUUGUUGUUGUAGUCAUUCAUCAUAUGUGUGUCGGUGAAUCAUGUCUGGGUUUUUAACUGUGUGGAAGCAGCACUGUGUUGCUUCCCAAACUAA